UUCAACUUUUAGAUGUGAUGAAGGGAGACAUGUCUCUGCUGGUUGAAAAACUCACCAGGACUUAUGAAUGAAAAUAGACAGACAGACACAACGGGGACAGAGAGAGGGAGAACAUGUUAUUGCAUUUGGAGGUUCCUGUCCUGGUGUAACUGUCAGAGCAUAAUGGUUGCUUUUAAAGGGAUCUGGACCAAGGACUUCUGGAGGGCUGUGUCUGGAGAAUACCUGGCCACUCUCAUCUUUGUCCUUCUCGGUCUGGGCUCCACCAUCAACUGGGCUGCAGGGGAGGAGAAGCCUCCCCCAGCUGACCUAGUCCUCAUCUCUCUAUGCUUCGGCCUGAGCAUCGCCACAAUGGUGCAAUGUUUUGGCCACAUCAGCGGCGGACACAUUAACCCAGCGGUCACUGCAGCCAUGGUGGUGACUAGAAAGUUGAGCCUGGCAAAGGCGUUGUUCUAUGUGGUGGCUCAGUGCCUGGGAGCUAUUACAGGAGCUGGGAUCCUCUACUUCGUCACACCUGCUGCUGUCAGAGGGUCCCUUGGUGUGACCACGGUGAACUCCAAAAUCUCAGUGGGACACGGCCUUCUUGUGGAGCUCCUCAUCACAUUCGAACUGGUCUUCACCGUCUUUGCUACCUGUGACCCCAACCGCUCAGACCUAGGAGGCUCUGCUGGCCUUGCCAUUGGCUUUGCUGUAGCUAUUGGUCACUUAUUUGCAAUCCCCUAUACAGGAGCCAGCAUGAACCCUGCUCGAUCCUUUGGGCCUGCAGUGGUCACACUCAACUUCGAGAACCACUGGGUGUACUGGCUGGGACCUGUUCUGGGGGCCAUCCUGGCUGCUGGUCUGUAUGAGUACCUGUACUGCCCUGACCCUGAGCUAAAGAAGAGGAUGAAGCAGGUCUUUCAGAAGGACCCGUCAGGGAAAUAUAGGGAGGUGGAGACGGAGGACAUUGCCAUCAAGCCCGGCUCCAUCCACACCAUCGCUGAUGUGGAGAAAGCUGAGAAAAAAGAUCCUUUCCACGACUCAACGGGAGAAGUUCUGUCUUCAGCAUGACUAUCACAUGCACUGGAAAUGGAGACCAAUCUGUAGAGCGGAAUGACUUUGUAAAACUUUGUAUCCAUCUUGAGCCUGUCCCCCCUCCAAAGACUUUGUCCUCAGAGCAGAAUAUGAUUUCUGCCCAUGAGGCUUCACAGCAAGGCUAAAUUACUCUCAUUGUCAUAAAGCUAAUAUGAUGCUGUGGCUCAAUCACACAAACAUCUACGACCUGUUCAAUACUGCUCCUGAGGCCCUCCUUCAACAAUUUAGUAGCAGUGCUGGUAUGUGGCGAGCAUUGCACGCUGCAGAAUGACGGCCCGCAAUACAUUGUGUUAAGGAAAUAUGUGUACGGGUCAACCAAUUAUGUGAGGUCAUCACGCUGAAUUGGAGGACUGAAGAAGAAUAUGCAGCCUUGUUAUUUUUGGAUUAGUGUCACAUUUGGUCCUUGUAUUGUAUAUGCAAUAACAGGAGAGAUGUUCCUUGUGAUCAUUAAGCACAUUACAGGUCCCAAGCAAUGUAAGACAUCUCUGACAAGCUUUAUUAUCAGAGUUGUUUUACUGUGCUCUCUAUUUUCAGUGCAUUAGUCAGGGAAACAACCAGUUCAUCUUUAUGUAAACACUGCCUUUCUGUGUUUAGUGUACAUUAUGUUUAACAAUGGAUAAUGAUUUUGUCUUUUCUAUUUCACUUUUUUGUGAACUGUUUUUAUUCUCUAGACCUAGAUUAGGUUCUUCUUAUUUCUCCGUAUGAUUUGCUGCAUUUCAUAUUAUUACUUAAAUUAUUGAUAAGAUACUUGGAGGCUCUAUCUUGAUGAAUUUGGGUUCAAAUAUUGCUCAUUAAUUGUUUUACAAACUGCAAGUGCUACAAAAUAUUUGGUUGUAAUAAUAAAGUUUUUUCCUAAUUUCCAA